AUGAACGCAGGCUGCCUUUUUGUGGUGACUGGAAGAAUGCUGAUUUCCUUUGGGAUUCUAAGCAUUGUCUCUGGAAUUAUCGCCUUCUUCCCUGUUUUUUCCUAUAAACCAUGGUUUGCCGGAUGGAGUGUUCGCAUUGCUUCUCCCAUCUGGAGCGGAGCUUUGGCUGUUAUUGCAGGUGUACUGGUUGCUCUGGCUGAAAAACAAUGGACCCAGAGAUACCUGUGGGAAGCCGCUUUCACCUUUAGCAUCUUGAACAUCAUCAGCUCUCCAGUUCAAAGUGCCAUCGCUUUUGCAUCCCUCCUUCUUGGACCUUAUUGCUACUACUCUUUCGCCGGAGUUUCGGGUAUGAACUACCUUGGUUAUGCGGUCCUUUUGCCCUUUCCUUAUGGCAAGUUUGCUUCCGUGUGCAAGGACCCCGCAGGCUACGAGUGGUACCACCUGGCGCUGCAGAUACUAGACAUUUGCUCCAGUCUUGCCAUGCUCUCUGCAUCCUUGGCCAUUGUGAUCAAACUCACAGCAAGACUGCUCCAGUUUGGACACUUAAAUGUGAGUAUUACUCAGUGGCAGGGAAGUAAUGAUUAAGAGCAGCAUAUAAGUA